AUGGAGGGCAACAAGAAGGUCUUCAAGGAAAGGGGAGAAUUGGCCAAAGGCAGCUCCAGUAUUCAACAGGGCAGCUCCCCUGAAGGCAGGGACAAUGUGCCUGGCAGAGUGACUGUGGGCCUGGGGCGGUGUUGGAGCAGUAUAAAAAUGGGCCCUUCUCACCACUCUCUCAUCCACUCCUCUCUUCUCCAUCUCACGGGGAACAAGGUGCACGUGCAGCCCCAAGACAUGUCCUGCUACAGCCCGUGCCGGCCCUGCCAGCCCUGCGGCCCCACCCCGCUGGCCAACAGCUGCAAUGAGCCCUGUGUCAGGCAGUGCCAGGACUCCCAUGUGGCCAUCCAGCCCUCGCCUGUGCUGGUGACCCUGCCCGGCCCCAUCCUCAGCUCCUUCCCACAGAACACCGCCGUGGGAUCCUCCACCUCUGCUGCUGUUGGCAGCAUCCUCAGCUCUCAGGGAGUGCCCAUCAACUCUGGGGGCUUUGGCCUCUCAGGCUUGGGCAGUGGCCUCUGUGGCACAAGGUGCUUCCCCUGCUAA